UUGAGUGGGAUUUGGGUGUAUAUAAACCUGAGUUCCCUUGCCUUGUUUAGGUAUUCCAUCCCCACUCUUGUUGUUUGUUUAAAUCAGCCAUUUUUGUUGUUCUCAAGAGACAGAAGAUGAACAGACCCGGAGACUGGAACUGCACCUCCUGCCACCACUUGAACUUCCAGAGGAGGGACAUCUGCCAGCGCUGCGGCGAUCCCAAGGCCGGCGGCGGCGGAAGAGCUGGGUCUGGAUUCGGGUUCGGCGGGUCGGACGUGAGGCCCGGGGACUGGUACUGCAGCUUAGGGAACUGUGGAGCCCACAAUUUCGCAAGCCGGUCAAGCUGCUUCAAAUGUGGGGCCUUCAAAGACGACAUGUCGGCCUUCGACUUCGAUCUUCCUCGUCCAACUCCUCGUGGGAUAUCCCCUUUUGGUUUCCCCACUCCCGCCCGUUCCCCUGCCUCCGCUUGGAAGUCCGGUGACUGGAUUUGUGCCAGGUCGGGAUGCAACGAACAUAACUUUGCAAGUAGGAUGGAGUGCUUCAGAUGCAAUGCUCCAAGAGACUCGUACUAACAAACCUAGCCAUGUUCGAGUCCACGUGGUUUAGCGUUCCAAGUGCGAGAGAAUUUGAAAGAGACUUCAUUCAUAAACUGCACUACCUUUGUUUCUUUUUUUGUCUCUUUGAUUUUGAUUUUGAUUUUGUAGCCUUUUUUUUUUUCUAAUUAUUGUUAAUUUCUGUGAUGAAAAUUUGAGAUAUUCUCCAAAAAUCAAUGUUUCUUAUUAUA